GAAGCCCAUGGUCUCUCCCUUUCCCCCCUAUAAAAAGUAUCGCUUUCCACAUUUUUCUAUACAGACCUCCAAACCCUGACCGAACCGAGAAGUUUCCAGAAAAAAAGGGGGUUUUAGAGGGAAAAUGAGCAGCUCGGGUUUCUCAUGGGAGUUGGCGGUUCAUCCGAAGCUGCCGAAGGGGAAGACGGUGGCUGUAGUUGUUCUGGAUGGAUGGGGCGAGGCGGAUCCCGAUAGGUAUAACUGUAUUCAUGUCGCCAAGACGCCGACCAUGGAUUCGCUCAGAAAUGGUGCCCCUGAGAGAUGGAGAUUGGUAAGGGCUCAUGGCACUGCGGUGGGACUUCCCACUGAGGAUGACAUGGGUAACAGUGAAGUAGGUCACAAUGCGUUGGGUGCUGGCCGGAUAUAUGCUCAAGGUGCUAAGCUGGUUGACCUGGCUCUUGCCUCUGGGAAGAUUUAUGAAGGAGAAGGCUUUAAUUACAUCAAGGAAUGCUUUGAGCAAGGUACUCUGCAUCUAAUAGGUUUAUUGAGUGAUGGGGGUGUCCACUCUCGGCUUGACCAGUUACAGCUGUUGCUGAAAGGUGCCAGUGAGCAUGGUGCCAAAAGAAUUCGAGUGCAUAUUCUUACUGAUGGUCGUGAUGUUUUGGAUGGAUCAAGUGUAGGGUUUGUAGAAACACUUGAAAAUACCCUUCUGCAGUUGCGAGAGAAAGGUAUUGAUGCACAAAUUGCUUCUGGUGGUGGGCGGAUGUAUGUUACCAUGGACCGCUAUGAGAAUGACUGGAGCGUUGUGAAACGUGGCUGGGAUGCCCAGGUUCUAGGUGAAGCACCUUUCAAGUUUCGUAAUGCCAUUGAAGCUGUGAAAGAACUCCGGAAGGAUCCCAAAGCCAAUGACCAGUACUUGCCUCCUUUUGUUAUAGUUGAUGAGAAUGGGAAAGCAGUUGGACCUAUAGUGGAUGGUGAUGCAGUGGUAACAUUUAACUUCCGAGCAGACCGUAUGACUAUGCUUGCUAAAGCACUUGAAUAUGAAGAUUUCGACAAAUUCGACAGAAGUUUCGUUUUCCAAAGUUCGAUAUGUCGGAUGCUUCAGUAUGAUAAUGGUGAUUUGAAGCUUCCUAGUCAUUACCUUGUUUCUCCUCCAGAGAUAGAGAGAACCUCGGGUGAAUACUUGGUGCACAAUGACAUCCGGACUUUUGCUUGCAGUGAGACUGUCAAAUUUGGUCAUGUCACAUUUUUCUGGAACGGUAACCGUUCUGGGUAUUUUGAUGCAAGCAUGGAGGAAUAUGUUGAAAUUCCAAGUGAUAGUGGAAUCACAUUUAAUGUUCAGCCGAAAAUGAAGGCUUUGGAAAUAGCUUUACAGCUUUAUGGGUCUUUACUAAAUUUCUAUUUUCAGGUUCGUGUUAACCUUCCUAAUGGAGAUAUGGUGGGACAUACUGGUGAUAUAGAGGCUACCGUUGUGGCUUGCGAGGCUGCUGACAAAGCAGUUAAGAUGAUUCUAGAUGCCAUAGAAGAAGUGGGUGGGAUCUAUGUUGUCACUGCUGAUCAUGGAAAUGCUGAAGACAUGGUAAAGAGAGACAAAUCUGGGAAACCUCAGCUUGACAAAUCGGGGAACAUUCAGAUUCUCACAUCCCAUACUCUUCAACCAGUUCCGAUUGCCAUUGGAGGCCCCGGACUUGCACCAGGAGUCAGAUUCCGCAAAGAUGUACCAAACGGUGGUCUUGCCAAUGUUGCUGCAACCAUCAUGAACCUCCAUGGUAUUGAGGCGCCCAGUGACUACGAAACCACCCUCAUUGAAGUAGUCGACAACUGAUUAAGUUGCGUGCUGCAAUGCAAGCUAUUGUGGAUUUCUCCACAUUUAGAUUUUGUUGAUUAUAUUACCUAUAGUACCCAUCGCAUAAAUGCUUCAGAGUGAGAUCUGAAUCACAUCCUUCUGAAUUUUAUAGGAGGAGAUUAUCAUUUUCGGGAGAUGCACUGUAAUGUUGCAGUUCACUGAAAUAUUUACCCUUACCAUGAAACUUUUUGUACCGUGUGAGAAUUUUAUGUUUUGUGAUGGUUCCUUGUACUUCUUUACAUGCUACUGCUGAAAAUAAUGAAAUUAAUAAUUGGAACUCUUUGCUUAGAUUA